UAUACGUAUUUCUCUUGCUUUAAUGAAUUCAAAAUUACAAAAAUUAACGGAAAAUGUCUGUCCAAAACAGUGAUUCACACUGUCCAAUACACACCAAGCGUUUGCAUCAUUUCGUCAACAAUACGUUUGAAAAUUAUUCGAGCUGAUAUUUCAACACGCAAGCACAGCUUGCAAUUGUAGCUUACUGAAUUAUCGUGGAUAAGAUAACGCGUAACAACAAUUAGUCAAUUGGUGCCACCAAUAGAAGCUUUCAAUCGUACUCGUCGACGCUGCUGACGAAACUAAUCCGUGUUCGUCGUUGCAAUCGUAGAAAGUUCUCUAUCUGAAAAGAAAAAUCGGAGAAUAACGUAAAGCAACGAAAUUCUCGGGGCACCGCCAUCGAGAGAUACAGUCCUGAACUAUAGCAGCGCUCCAUCUCUCGCAUACAGCACCUCAAGUAUAGCACGCGUUCACCUACACGUACAGUGUGCGUUUGAGGUUUCAAUACGCGCGGGGGCUCGUUAAAUGCCUGGCUGUGUUAUAUGAGCUAGCUGCGUUGUUUGACGCGCGCGAAGAGCCGCUGCAACAGUCUAGGUGAAAGCACACGUAUUAUAGCAGAGGCCGUUGUUCGUUCGUUGUUGUUUGAUGCAGCUACACCUGGGUAGCAGCAGCAGUCGUAGCAGCAACAGCGACAAUGAUCAACGUCACGGAGAUCCGCACUACGAUCCAAUUGUCUACCCAGUUGCUGCAAUGAAUACUAAAACUUCGAAGGAGAUUACGUAAGCUGCAAUUAACAAUGCCACCAGCUUGGAGCAUGGAUAAUCCAGCUCCGUAGUGCUGCUGCCAUGUUGGUCACGCAGUCUCCCUGCCCUAUAGACAAUCCAUCAAAUAUGCUGUCGACACUUGAGGAAGAGAAUAAUGUUGACAUUAACGAAUGCUUCCCGCCACAUGUUGAUACCAGCAACAUCAUCAUUCAGCCUGAGUCUCCGAUCAGCAAGAAGCAAACCCUCAAGACUUUCAAGGAAGUUAAUGCACUCCUACAGGCUGAUAGAUUACGUGAGGUAAAGCUUAUUCUCAGGGAGAAUGCCUGGCCACUGAACAAUGGUAUAAGGUCCCAGCUUUGGCCUGCACUGAUCAAUCAACAUGCCAAAGGCAACAACACCAUGGAGGGUUAUUACUGGGAUAUGGUGAGCCAAGUUUUAGGGACUACAGAAUUGUCAGGGCAAUCAAUCAUGUUGCCACCAUUCGUUGAUAGUAUACAUUGUUUAUCCUAUAACUUGACCCAUAAAGGUAGGAGUGUUACAGAUAGAGUUGUAUCUGUACUAGGUUAUGCAUGUCCAGACAUAGUGUACAGUCCGUCGCUCUACCCUAUCACUGCUCUUCUUCUACACUUUAUACCAGAGGAACAAUGUUAUCACUGUGUACAAAGCUUAGUGGCAUCCAAGAAAAAAAUGUUCAUAACACAAACAAAACUUGUUUACGAAGUGACAUGGAAAACAGUAGAACAAAUCACAAAGAAACAUGUAAAAUCUGCUGCUGUGCAUUUAGCAAGGCAUUGCUCAGGAUCUCGAGCAGAAAGAAUCUACAUGGAUUGGAUUUGGUGGAUUCUGCAAUUACUUCCAUUUCAACAUCUAGUCAGAGUUAUGGACUGUUUUUUGCAUGAAGGCAUUAAAGUCUUCUAUAGGGCAGCUAUGGCUAUAGUCUUAUUAUUUUACAAAUAUUCAUCACCACAAAAUUCAGAGUGGAUGGCUGAAAUUAAUAAAAAUGGAGUUGACGCGGCCCUUUCUAAAUUUUGUAGACAAAUGCCGGUAACGCCAGCCAAGUUUCUACGAACUGCAUUUGGUAUUCGUAAUCUGAGUUCUGUUUACAUAUCGAGGGUAUUUAUUAGUAUUGAAAUAAACUUAAAAACUCGGAACGUCAUAUCGGGAACAAAGUCAUUGGUAAAAUCGCGAUCAACCGAUACUCUACCAACGAGUCAGUCGCAAAUGAACAUUCAAAUGAUGUCUCACACCCUCACGAUAAGAGAGAAAGAAUGUGAAGACACGUACAAAGACAGGGGCGCGCAUAGUCCUGGACCACGACCCGCCCACGGCGUUUAUCCCAUACAAAACUUACGCUCCCAGAUCCUUGAGGUGUCCGACCUCUUCACCUUGUGGUCCUGGCUACCCGUGAGGAUCACCAUGUAUCAGCCGAUUCUGCUGUACACCACCGAGGAACACGGCUGCUCUCUCACCACUUUCUACGUGCGCGUAGAAAAAUACGAGCCGACCCUUCUUAUGAUCAAAACCUGCAAUAACGAAGUGUUCGGAGCAUAUUGUUCGACAAGAUGGUGCGAGAGAAACCUAAAGGACGACAAAGGUAACAGGCAGGCGUACUUUGGCACGGGCGAGACAUUCCUGUUUAGUUUGUAUCCGGAGAGGGCAAAGUAUCCCUGGGUCGGCAUGGACACGGCCAACGAUGCGAAAGUCGAUCACUCGGCGGAAUUGUUCAUGGCUGCCGAUUCCAAAAUGAUCACCAUCGGCGGUGGAGACGGCCAAGCAAUUUGGAUGGACGAAAACAUAAGGUUCGGCAAAACGGAUCGCUGCUCGACUUUCAACAAUCCGCCACUAUGCGCCAGCGGCGACUUUGAGAUUCGGGUCCUCGAGGUCUACGGCUUUCACGGAGCAUAAGUCAAAGAUAAUUAAUCGAAGAAGCUGCAGGCGGCCACGCUAGCCAAGUAUUCAAAUUUCCGUACUGCCAAUUAGGUAGCGUACUGCCUACAAAAAUCAUACUUCAUCGCUAUUUCUUCUCAUUCUAUCUCCUCUCUGUCUUUCUCCACUGUCGUCGAGUCUUGUUUGUAUAUUAAAUGUUGGAACUUUUGCCGCUUCACGCGUGAAUGUCUUGUUAACACGUAUACAUAUAUUCACAUACACACACACACACAAGCAUCAAUUCGUACGUAUAUAUAAUUAUGCGUGAAUACGCAUCGUCGUGCACUCGUGUUAAUUGAAAGAAAAAAUUACCUUGAUUAUUUUGGAAAAGCUUUAACUGACAUCAUCCUGCGUAUAAACUCAAUUCUCUUUAUAUACCAUAUAUGGAUGUAAACGCUAUGUACGAUAGCGACUCGAAAAUAAGUCCGAUUUUUUCCGUUUGUUUUGAUCUUUACAUAAUGAUAGAUUUCUAUUUUCAUUCGUUAAAGGUAUACGCAUGGUUUAAAUCAACUAACAAUGAAUUUGCGGAAUGAUUGCUUUUAGCUUUUCCCCUCUUUCGUAGUUCUUCUUAGAAUCGAAAGCGAACAAUAUAAACACGCGAUCGAUCGUUUCAUUAUCAAAAUAAAAUAAAUAGAAUGAGCUCAGCGGCAGCCCAUAAGUAGUUCAUAUUCACAACGUUGACAAUAAUAGCACUCGAGCAGAUCAUUCGAAUCCUUAAGUUCGGUAUUUCUUCUUUAUUUACUUUGCAGACUAGAAAAAAAAUUAGUUUAACCUGAUUACUUAACAAACAAACAAAAAAUAUUCAUUGGACCAGAAAGUUAAUAAUACGAACACACUUUGUACAUAUUUAUUUAAUUAUGUCUUUAUAAUUUUUAAGAUCGCAUUCAUGUUUGUACAAAUAUAUUGUUAUAUAACAAUUUAUUUAAUUUAGCAAUGUUACGUACUAGCUUUAAUCUGCCGUUAGAGAAAAAAAAGCAAAAUGGCAAAAAAGGAUAUUUGUUUUUAUAUCAUAUAACUUACUCUAUCUCUGUAUAUAUUAUAAAUAUAUAUAAAUAAAACGAAAGAGUAGUUAGUGUACUAUCAGACAAAUUGUGAUUGGCAGCUGGUGCUGGCUCGUUAACCCGUGAACUGAAAAGACUACAAAUACGUCUUUUGCAAAAAUACUUCCAGGCUUUUUAUCGAUUCGCUUGUUGGAAAGCAAAGAAAAAAGUAUAAAAUAUUUUUUUGCUUGCGUUUUAUUCUCGUUGUGACUCGUACUGCUUAAGUUUUUGUUCUCUCUCUCUGUUCUCUCUCUCUCUCUCUCUCUCUCUCUCUCUCUCUCUCUCUCACUUUCUCUCUCUCUCUCUCUCUCUCUAUGUCUCUCACUCUCUGCAUAAAAGUGGCUGGCACCACUGAGAAAGAAAAGUGUUUAAUUUUGUCGUCCACAUAUCCUCAAGCGAGCAAAGUGUGAAGAUUUGAACAUGUGUCAUUCUUCCUCUUUGAUACACACACAUGUGAGCGACACCCACGGAAAUAUAUACUCUGGUAAAAAUAUUUCUUUGUACGAAGUAUUUGUCUUUGAAACGAACCGAAACAAAGAGCAAAAUAACUCGACAUGACUUCAAACGUAGUAUUAUAAUCAUGCAAAGGAUAUGACUGAAUUUAUGAAUGAUAAUGAUAAUAAAAGAAAAAUAAUAAUGUUUUAUUUGUUUGCUUGACGGCAAGAUUGUAUAAAAAAAAAGCGUUGCAAAUUUUGAAUGGUAUUUUUUGGAAAUAUUUUUACCAAAGCGCGCGCGUGUACGCGCACAUAUACACUCACAAAGAAUAUUAUUAAGGUAGCAAGACAAAGAAAUGUAUGUUUAACGAAAUAAAAGUAAAAAAAAAUAAACAAAAAAACAGUCGCGUAUGAUUGUGUCUAUAUAUUUGGUGACGCCAUAUGCGCAUUUUCAUAAUGUACAAAUCGCAUAUUGUACAAGAUUAUAUAUAUAUAUGCUGUUAGAAAUUUAAUUGUAUAUGUCACGUAGUUGACUAACAAACGCCUCUAAGCCUCCUUGCUUGCCUACUUGAAAGAACGAUUUUGAAAGCAAGCACGCUCGUAACAUCACAAACUAAUGUAGAGCGUUAUCGUGCGCGGAUCGAUGCAUAUCAGACACAUUUGAAAAAAAAUGUGAAACGAAUUUUCAUUCACUAUUGUUUUUUCUCAAAAUUUUAAGGAAAGUCGUUUUCCUUCCUCCGUACUACUGCAUAGUAGUAUAUUGAUAUAUCAAAUGAAAAAUUCCUUUGCGUAAUCGCACAUUUUCGAAUGUAUCUUGAAGUAUUCUCUGCAGCAUCACAGAAUUUCAUACGUCAGCGUUAGUAAUCUUUCAUUACUGUAAAGAUUUUUCAUUAUUCACUUACGUUUUUGCUAUUCUAAAACAAAAAUUUCGAAGCAUUUAUUUGUUGAAUAAAAUCAAAUGUUACGUUUAUAAGAUUCAAUGCAAUAAUUGUUUGUUUGAGAUAAUCGAAUGUUGAAAGUAAUGACAAAUGCCAAUAUAGGUAUUAGCUUUCGUUUAACGUAAAACUACGAACAAAGAAAGAAAAGCAAGAAAAUUAUUAUAAAUGUUAUAUUUACGUAGCGUUCGUCGUACAAUGUAUAAUAAUAUAUAUUUAAGGACUCUCCCAAAUCAUGCUUAUUACGAGUGACAAUUAGCGCUAUGGAUAAUCAACAAACUAUAAGCUUAGUUGUUAGCUUUUUUAUAUCUGUUAAUUUGUAACUAUUCUCUUUUUUGUACAGUCGUAGCAUUUAAUGUUUAUAUUCCUUUGCGAAUACGAGAACUGCUGUUGUGCGUUUAUGGCACAUAUGUGUAAAUAUUAGAUAUUCUGUAAAAAACAAACGAAAAAAAGCAAUUUACCGCAUUUCUAUUAAUUUGAAAGUAUUAUGUUGUACUGAUUACUGUAGAGCUGUAAAAUAGCAACUAUUCAUAUUAUUCUUUCUUUCAUAAUUUUAUAUAUUAAUUUUUAUACAAAAUAAACAGGAUUACUAUAUAGAUUAAUUAUUUAAGUUAUAUUUACGCCGAUAUACGUACAUCAUGAAUUUCUGUUUUUAUUGGAACGCGAGUGAUAUUUACGAAAUGCACUGCAUCAGUUCUCAUAUUCAAAGGUCUCAACGAUAUGUCUAACACUAACAAAUCUGCACACGUACGUUCUAAGCUUGUACAAUUGCUGUAGUCCCUUUUCUAAGCUUGUUUUAUACGUAUAAACAAAGGAAAAAAAGAUUCAUAUAGAAUCAUGUGUCAAACGGAAAGAAAUCUAUAGAAUUUAGAUUUUAUUUUGUAAAAAAAACUGAGGAAUUUAACACGUGAAAUUAUAGUUAGUAUAUGAAAGUCAGAAACAUAAACAAACAAUAUUUAUGUUUGUUGAUCAAUAGACUGCGAACAUCAUUCGUCUUACUUGAAGAAUUAAAAAAAAGAAGAAAGUAAAAAUAUGUAAUUGUAGCCUAUGUAGAGAAUAAAAAAUUUAUUGAAAAGUAAGACUCAUGAUGCUUACUCGUAUGGCAAUAUACAUGAGUUAUAUCAAGUAAAAACCACAGCUUUGAAUUAUAGACUUGCAUCGUCAAUUUUCUUUUUGUAGUGCAUCGGUUCAAAUAAUAAAAAAAAACAAAUAUUUUACGACGAAGUGGAAAAAAACUGUUCAAUGUUGUAAGAAAAGGCAAUCUAAAGUUUGUAGUGUUGUUAAUCGUAGCGCAUAGUGCGUCAAAACCUUCAAACGGCCACUCGAAAAAAUGAUAAAAAUGAUACGGUUGACCUUAAAGGAAAAAGAAAAUAACACAUUAAUGCGUUGUACGCGACGAGCGUGAAUUUACAAACGGAACUAUAUAUACACUUUUGAUGGUUUUUAAUUGAGUAUAAAAGCAUAGCCUAAUUUACGAGAGUAAAAGUGACGUACACAAAAUGGUAUUAUAUUAUACACGAAAAAAAAUAUAUUAUAUAUAUAAAUGUAUAUUAUACAUAAGAAGAAAAAAUCUAUACGAUAAUGGAAUGGAAUGUUUUUAAAAGCUUUCCGUGUGUAAAUUAAUGUUAUAUUAUCGCCAGUUGUACUGUUUCCUCGAUCAAAGUUGUUGCCUGAUUAUUAUUAAUUAUUAUCAUUAUUAUUAUAUGAUAUACAUUAUCGUCAUAUCAUGGUCGUUGUCAUAGAUAUAGAUUAUUGAACAAUUAAAUACAAUUCUUGUUACAUCAAUUGCUCAUCUCUUAUUUCUCCAUCUCCUCCACCACGUAUGUCAUAUUUUUCAAUCUACAAAUACCAUUCCAUAUAAAAAUGUAACAAACAAUACGUAAUCCAUUUCCAGCUAAUUUGUGUUACGCAACUUCAGUUUGAGUUUUUCAAUUCUAAUCAAGUGUUUACUGCUACAAUUAUUUUUCAAUAGUAAUACUCAAUUUUCCUUCUGUUGUAGCAAAUACUUAAUUUAGAUAGUAUAGAAAAUAUUUAUUAGAUUUCAAUUUGUUGUCUCGCAUUAAUUAAUACAAAUAAUAGAAAGUAGCAAGCAUUAGAAAUAGAGUUUCUCCUUGAUAAACUACAAAAUACGUGUUUAACAUAGUGAUAUAAAAAAAGGUCACGUUCCGUCUAGUAUCUUAUACGUCAGCUAAAUAGUCUGCGAGUAACCACAUACCUAAUGAUCCGCGGAGAAGCGUUUAUGUGUUGAAAAAACAAAAGAGAACGAGGAGGCAACGUGGAGUAAAAAGAACGAAGCGAAGAUGCAGGUAUCGCGUCAUCGUGGUUGGCGCAUAUAGCGAGGCAUAACUCUUCCAUAUUUGUACGCAACGAGGCCCAAAAUCGACACAAAGGCGCUCGUUUGCGAAAGCACUCGAAGAGCAUCAACGUGCCUUCGUUAUUCUUCUAUUCACGUUGGUGUGUAAAUUAUACAAGAGGUCUGCCGUAUUCACUUGGAAAAAAGAAACAUUGGAGAGCGAGCCUCUUUCAACGACUAAUUUUACGGACUCGACAUUCCGCCACCGUCUCUCCCGGCAGCACAGCUACAAUUUCAGAGUGCGCGUCCGUUUGAAUGUCGCGCAAUAUCCCGAAAGGUCGGUUUACGCCAACCGCGAAUAAC